AUGAACUUCGAAUUACCAGAUGAACUACAUGAUCAUCUCCAAUCCGUUGAUUCAUUUAUUCAGUCUACCAUACUCCCUCUACAGCACACAGGUGAUAACAACCGUUUCUUCGAUCAUCGCCGCGAGGAUGCUAGGACAGACUGGGAUCAAAAUGGCAACCCGCGGCCCGAAUGGGAAGCCUUGCUGAAACAGGCUCGUGACCUGGCCGAUGAGGCGGGCUUCUACCGGUUUGCACUUCCCAAGAAGUAUGGGGGACAGGAGCACCCGGACACCAACUUAUGGAUGUCUGCUAUUCGCUUCUAUCUAUCCUCGCAUCCCGUUUAUGGAGGCGGCCUUGGCCUUGCCAACGAUUUACAGAAUGAACACAGUAUUGUUGGGAAUUUUCCCGAUGUCCUUAUGGUCCACCAUUUUGGAAGCGAACAGCAGCGGCAAACACUCAUUCCCGCCCGUCUUCGAGGGAAAUUUCGAAUGACCUUUGGCCUGACAGAGCCGGAACAUGGUAGCGAUGCAACGUUCAUGUCUACCGUAGCACGUCGUGAACGUGGCGGCUUUGAAAUCAGCGGAGCAAAAAAGUGGCAGACGGGUGCCCAUUCCUGUACCCACUUUCUGAUAUUCGCAAGAACGUCAGGAGCUGCAGGUUCCGGAACAGGAAUUACUGCUUUCCUCGUUCCUCGCGAAGCUUUCGGUCUCAGAAUCGCCAGUUAUGAAUGGACAUUAAAUAUGCCAACAGACCACGCAACGGUUGAGCUAGAAGGCGUAUGGGUACCAGAAUCCGCCGUCUUGGGCAUAGUCGACCAAGGCUUGGCCAUUGCGCAGACCUUUGUGCAUGAGAACCGCAUACGGCAAGCAGCCAGUUCCUGUGGCGCGGCCAAAUUCUGUCUCGAACGCAGCAUUGAGCGUGCCCGAUCGCGAAAGAUCUGGGGUGAGGGCAAGAUUCUGGCAGACAACCAGGCCAUCCAGUUCCCCAUAGUAGAAUUGAUGACACAAGUCGAGAUGUUGCGCUUGCUCAUACUGAAGACUAGUUGUGACAUGGACCGUAUUGUGGCCGCGAGCAAAGCAGGACAAGUUCAGCAACCCGCAUGGGUUGUGAUUGAGCGCCAACUCAGCGACAAGGUGGCAAUGUGUAAUUUCUGGGCUAAUCGACUGUGUUGUCAGGCUGCCGACCGGGCGAUUCAGAUCCACGGCGGCGACGGGUACUCCCGCCACUAUCCUUUCGAGCACAUCUAUCGCCAUUUCCGACGCUAUCGGAUCACUGAAGGCUCCGAGGAGAUUCAAAUGCGAAAGAUUGCAGCAUACAUAUUCGGGUUUGCAGGGCCGCUGAAGAGGGAGCUUGAUGCGACGGAGAGAUUAAAGGCGAAAAUUUGA